GGGGCCGCGGCGCACGGGGGGCGGGGCUCCCGCGCCGGUCACGUGACCGGUCCGGCGGCGGCAGCGGCGGCGGCGGCCGCGGCGUCUUAAGCGGCGCCCAGUGCAGGAUGGUGCUGGAGGCGGCGGCGGCCGUGGUGGCGGCGGCGUCGUUGGCGGCAGCGGGAGGGGGUGAGGUGGCGGCAGCAGCGGCGGCGCCCGCGGGUGGUAUAAAAUGGCGGAUUUCGAAGAGUUGAGGAAUAUGGUUUCUAGUUUUAGAGUUUCUGAGCUACAAGUGUUACUAGGCUUUGCUGGACGGAAUAAAAGUGGACGCAAGCAUGACCUCCUGAUGAGGGCGCUGCAUUUAUUGAAGAGUGGCUGCAGCCCUGCAGUUCAGAUUAAAAUCCGAGAAUUGUAUAGACGCCGAUAUCCACGAACUCUUGAAGGACUUUCUGAUUUAUCCGCAAUCAAAUCAUCUGUUUUCAAUUUGGAUGGUAGCUCAUCUCCUGUAGAACCUGACCUGGCCGUGGCUGGAAUACACUCGUUGCCUUCCACUUCAGUUACACCUCACUCACCGUCCUCUCCUGUUGGUUCUGUGCUGCUUCAAGAUACUAAACCUACAUUUGAGAUGCAGCAGCCAUCUCCCCCAAUUCCUCCUGUCCAUCCUGAUGUGCAGUUAAAAAACCUGCCCUUUUAUGAUGUCCUUGAUGUUCUCAUCAAGCCCACGAGUUUAGUUCAAAGCAGUAUUCAACGAUUUCAAGAGAAGUUUUUUAUUUUUGCUUUGACACCUCAGCAAGUUAGAGAGAUAUGCAUAUCCAGGGAUUUUUUGCCUGGUGGCAGGAGAGACUAUACAGUACAAGUUCAGUUGAGACUUUGCCUGGCAGAGACAAGUUGCCCUCAAGAAGAUAACUAUCCAAAUAGUCUAUGUAUAAAAGUAAAUGGGAAGCUAUUUCCUUUGCCUGGCUACGCACCACCACCUAAAAAUGGGAUUGAACAGAAACGCCCUGGACGCCCCUUGAAUAUUACAUCUUUGGUUAGGUUAUCUUCUGCUGUGCCAAACCAGAUUUCUAUUUCUUGGGCGUCAGAAAUUGGAAAGAAUUACUCCAUGUCUGUAUAUCUUGUACGACAGCUCACAUCAGCCAUGCUAUUACAGAGAUUAAAAAUGAAAGGUAUUAGAAACCCUGAUCAUUCCAGAGCACUAAUUAAAGAAAAACUUACUGCAGAUCCUGAUAGUGAAAUUGCUACAACUAGUCUUCGGGUAUCCUUGAUGUGCCCUUUAGGAAAAAUGAGGCUGACAAUCCCAUGCCGUGCAGUGACUUGUACACAUCUGCAGUGUUUUGAUGCUGCCCUUUAUCUACAAAUGAAUGAGAAGAAGCCCACCUGGAUUUGUCCUGUGUGUGACAAAAAAGCUGCCUAUGAAAGUCUGAUAUUAGAUGGGCUUUUUAUGGAAAUUCUCAGUGACUGUUCUGAUGUGGAUGAGAUCAAAUUCCAAGAAGAUGGUUCUUGGUGUCCAAUGAGACCGAAGAAAGAAGCUAUGAAAGUAUCCAGCCAACCGUGUACAAAAAUAGAAAGUUCAAGUGUCCUCAGUAAGCCUUGCUCAGUGACUGUAGCCAGUGAGGCAAGUAAGAAGAAAGUGGAUGUUAUUGACCUAACAGUGGAAACCUCUUCUGAUGAAGAGGAAGAUCCUCCUGCCAAAAGGAAAUGCAUCUUUAUGUCAGAAACACAAAGCAGCCCAACCAAAGGGGUUCUCAUGUAUCAGCCAUCUUCUGUAAGGGUGCCCAGUGUGACUUCGGUUGAUCCGGCUGCUAUUCCGCCUUCAUUAACAGACUACUCAGUACCAUUCCACCACACGCCAAUAUCAAGCAUGUCAUCAGAUUUGCCAGGUUUGGAUUUUCUUUCCCUUAUUCCAGUUGAUCCCCAGCAGUACUGUCCUCCUAUGUUUUUGGAUAGUCUCACCUCACCCUUAACAGCAAGCAGUACGUCUGUCACCACCACCAGCCCCCAUGAGAGCAAUACUCAUGUUAGUUCCUCCAGCAGCAGGAGUGAGACAGGGGUCAUAACCAGCAGUGGAAGCAACAUUCCUGACAUCAUCUCAUUGGACUAAAAGGACAACACACUUGAUUCUGGGAAUUAUUCAUCAAAACUGCUCUUUCUUGGAUCUCUAAUCUGUGGAAACUAUUUUUUUGGCAAUUACUUUGAUAUUUAUUGAAAGUCAGAUGGAUUCUUUUGCUUUCUGAGAGAUGAACACAGAUGACUGCAGCAAGAACCAAAUGACAUGCAAGGAUUUUUCUUACGCUGUACUCUGAGCAUCAGAGUAAUUCAGCCAUAACUGUAUCUUCUUGAGAGAUGGAUUUCAAUUUCAUACAUUAAUGGAUGGAUCCUACAAAUCAGUUACAAAAGUUUUUGUUAUAAUAAACAGCAAUAAAAAUUAUGUAAAUAUUCAAGUAAACUUUUUUCUAAUUAAAAGUUGUAAAUCGUUGAUUCUAGAAUGACAGCAACUUCUGUUUAACCUGAUGUGAAGGGGAAAAAUAUAUGGAAAGAACUGA